CGGAUUUUACGCGGGACUACUGUACACAAUGGCGGCUGUCUUGAAUGGAGUACUGGAAAAGGGUCUUUCCGAGCAAGUGAAAAACAGUAACAUUUUGGUUGUAGGUGCUGGUGGCAUAGGCUGUGAGCUUUUGAAAAAUUUAGUGCUGACUGGUUUCAAAACAAUCGAAGUGAUUGACCUGGACACAAUAGAUGUCAGCAAUUUAAACAGACAAUUUCUCUUCCGAAAAGAACAUGUGGGAAGAUCCAAAGCACAGGUUGCUAAAGAAAGUGUUCUUAAUUUCAACCCAAAUGUCAGCAUCACUGCUUACCAUGACAGUGUAAUGAGUCCUGAUUAUGAUGUCAACUUCUUCAAGAAAUUUACAUUGGUUAUGAAUGCUUUAGACAAUAAAGCUGCUAGGAACCAUGUGAAUCGGAUGUGUCUGGCAGCAGAUGUUCCCCUCGUAGAGAGUGGAUCAGCAGGUUACUUGGGACAGGUGACAGUUAUCAAAAAGGGUCAGACAGAAUGCUAUGAAUGCCGACCUAAACCAGUACAGAAAACAUUUCCAGGAUGUACAAUAAGAAACACACCAUCAGAACCCAUCCAUUGUGUGGUGUGGGCCAAACAUCUUUUUAAUCAGCUGUUUGGAGAGCUUGAUCCAGAUCAGGAUGUUUCUCCUGACACAGAAGAUCCAGAACUGACAGCGGAAGCAGGACAGACAGCUCUGCUGUCAGAAGCCAAGAUAGAUGAGAUAGGUGGCCUCCAUCGAAAAUCAACUCGAGCAUGGGCUCAAGAAGUAGGAUACAAUCCAGAGAAACUGUUCAAUAAGUUCUUUCGGGACGACAUCAAAUACCUCCUGUCCAUGAAGACUCUGUGGAAGAAACGUGUACCACCUACACCCUUGGAUAUGAGUGGUCUUCCUGAAAAUCCAGACAUGACUUCAAACUCUGGAGUCUUACGAGAUCAGAAGCUGUGGGGAAUAAAAGAAUGUGCAGAUGUCUUUGCAGAGUGCUUAGAGUCCCUUAAGAAAGAUCUGGCAACACAAGGGGAUGGGGGUGUUCUAGUGUGGGAUAAGGAUGAUACAGUUUCCAUGGAUUUUGUUACAAGUGUAGCAAAUAUACGUGCUUACAUUUUUGGCAUACCUAUGAAGACCAGAUUUCAAAUUAAAUCUAUGGCAGGAAACAUUAUCCCAGCUAUUGCAACCACUAACGCUGUUAUUGCUGGUCUUAUUAUCAUGGAGGCCUUUAAAAUCCUUGGAAACAGACUGCAUUCCUGUAAAGAAAUCUACCUCAAUCGAGUUCCAAAUGACAGAAAUCGACUGCUGAUUCCCUGCUGCCUGAAUUCACCCAAUCCUAAGUGCUAUGUCUGUGCGCCUAAACCUGAGGUCACUGUUGUGCUUAACACCACCACCUUCAAGGUUGGGGCAUUGCAGGACAAGGUAUUGAAGUCACACCUUGGUAUGGUUGCACCAGAUGUAGAAAUUGAUGACAUGAAAGGCACUAUAUUGAUUUCCAGUGAGGAGGGCGAGACUGAAGAGAACAAUGAUAAAUUCUUAUCUGACUUUGGAGUUCGAAGUGGAACACGGCUUAAGUGUGAUGACUUCUUGCAAGUUUACUCACUAAACAUCAUUGUGGCACAUGUAGAGAAACUGGAAGGUGAAAAGGAUUUUGAGGUAGUUGGGGACCUUUCUGAACUGCAGCCACAGCAAGAAAAGCAAAAGACAAAUGGACAGCAGGAACUAGCUGACAAAGCACUGGCAGCAGCCAAUGAUGAGGAUGAUCUAAUGAUCAUAGACAGCAUUGAUGAUCUGCAAGAGCAAUCUUUGGAAAUGAAGGGGCACUUGUUGCGGAAGCGAAAGGUGGAUGAUGAAGUGGAAGAAUCGCCUAAGCGACGUAGAUUGGAUUCAAAUGAGGACAGUGGAGUGAUUGAAAUUUCAUGAUUUUGAUCAAAAGAGUGGGUUCCCUUGUAAAGGAAAUGGAAAACAAUAACGCUGAUAGUCAGAAUUUUGCCUGGACAUUUUUCUACUUUCACAAAUUGUAAGACUUGUUCAGAUGGCACGUAGGGGAAAGAUCAGAGAAAUUUCAAAUUUAACCCAUUCAGGGACAAACAAAAUUCAGUGUGCGGCAUCUUAAUGUGUGGAAAAAAACAUUUUUCAGUAAACAUGUUGGCUGGACAGUUGUUUGACUGCAGGUGGUAAGCCUUUGUUUUACUGUUGGGAGUUGAAGUAUCCAAACAGAUCUCCAUGCAUCUAGAUAUGCAUAGAUCUUAUUUUUAAUUUGUUUAAAAAGAAAGAAAAAAAUGAGUUAAAUGUUAUUAGAAUAUUAAAAAUUAUAUUUGAAUUUUGUUUUUUUGGUGCAUACCAUUUCUGAUGCACACAAUCUCGUGCAAAAUAAAGUGCAAAAAGUUUUA